AUGCUCAUAAUGUGUUUGUAUGCUCAUCGCUCCGUAGCUGGUGUCAGUGUGCCUGGAUUUGUACUGUCGUUAUCGUGGCUCAAUAGCGUGACUGCUGGCCAUACGAAGAGGGUUGCUACUAAUGCCAUCAUGCUCUCGGCUUACUGCAUUGGUAAUGCAGCUGGCCCCUUCAUGUGGAAGGCACAAUACAAGCCGCGUAACCAUAUCCCAUGGGCUGUCAUCGGCGCAUGCUACGUCGUCUGUCCGAUCAUUCUCCUUGUCAUCCGUGCUGUCCUCGUCCGAGAGAACCGGAUCCGCGAUACAGAGCCUUCCGACGUUGAAGAAGAAUACGUUAUCGAGCGAAUCACUGAGGAUGGCAAGCGUGUGGAAGUUAAGGUCGAUAAGGAAUUCCUGGAUUUGACGGAUAGGCAGAAUAGGGACUUCAGAUAUGUUUUGUAA